AUGGCCCAUUCUUCUUCCUCCUCCUUUUCUGUAAGGGCCCGCUUUGAAAAGAUUAUUAGAGAAGCUCAGGACCCCAUCUGCAUCGCCCUUAAGGCCACCGAUGGUGGGGCCAACUUCAAGGAGGACGUUUGGUCCAGGCCCGGCGGCGGUGGCGGCAUCAGCAGGGUUCUCCAGGAUGGGGCCAUUUGGGAGAAGGCUGGAGUUAAUGUCUCCGUUGUUUAUGGCAUCAUGCCGCCAGAAGCUUACCACGCUGCAAAAGCUGCCGCUUCUCCUUACCAGAAGUCUGGUCCUAUCUCGUUCUUCGCCGCUGGAAUCAUCUCCAUAGAUUUGAAGUGUUAUAUGGGUUUACCUGAAUUUGAUUCCUAUAGCUAG